AUGCACGCGUGCAUCUGCGGCCUCGCGAACGGUCUCGGCGUCAACGUGGCGACAGAGCUCUCGUUGUUGCUCCUCCCUCAAAACGUGUUGUUAAACAACGAAAAGUCUUCCUCUUCUUCUUCUGGAGAUGAUGGAAACGACGAUUCAGACGACAAGUCAAAGUCAUCAUCAUCAUCAUCAUCAUCAUCAUCAUCAUCAUCAUCAUCAUCAUCGUCAGCACUGAUAAAAGAGGGAUGUUUCGUGACGAGAAUCACGCUGUGCGACUCCGCGCUGAACAACAACAUCGCGGCGAAAUCGUCGUUUUCGAAAGAAGAAGAGGAAGAAAAGGAGGAUUUGGUGGAUACUAAUACAUUCGUGACGGAAAAAGACGUCGCGCUUUCCGGCGGGGUACUCCUAAAAAGCGAUAUCGGCGACCGGAAAUCCGUCGCGCUCUGUCGACGGUUGCGAGCUCGAUUGGUGUUGGCGUCUUCGUCUGAGGGGGAGGAAAAGAAGGAGAGUAUCAUCGUCGACGUUGCGGAGGAUUGUUCUUUCUUCUCUUCUUUGUCUUCUUCUUCUUCUCCUUCGUCGCCGCCGCCAAUCGACGUGUUGUUUUUCUGCGACGGCGCCGGGCCGUUAUCGGUCGCGUGCAACGCGAACGAGCGACUGCGAUCGAGGAAAGGAGGAGAAGAGAGUCGUCUCGAUCAUCAGCGGCAACAACUGCAACAACGACCCAUUUUUGUGUAUUGCACCGUAGAGCACCAUGGGAGUGAUAAUAAUACUAGUCAUAGCGGUAGGAAUAGUAGUAGUGGUGGUGGCGGCGGCGAGGUUGGGACGAUAUUCGUAGACGACGGAAGCGGGUAUGACGUUGACGAAGAAGCCGAAAAAAAUAGCGGGGAUGAUAAAGCUACCGCGAGUAAAGCUUUGUACGACGCGUUGCGGCCGCAGUUUACCGCGUUGUUUGCAAAUGCGUUGGAUGAAGCUGGAGCUGGAAACGUGGACGAAGACGAAAAUCGGAGAAGAGAACGGAGAGCGGCGUUGCAUUGGGAGUUUCUGAAAAAGACGCCCGAGGCGACGCCGUUGUUGCACGCAGUCAGCGAAAGGUCCGGAGAUAAGAAUAAAGAUAAAUUUUUGUCCUCGUCUGCGUCGUCGACGGUCGUGCGACAGCGAGAUUCCGGUGAUAAUAGGAGUAUUAGUAGUAGAAGUAACGUGUUCUUGCCGAUGACUCUUCUCGUAGCGCACACGGCGACGUUUGCGGUGACUCAAAUAGUAAAGAGAAGACGAGAGGCGUACUUGAACAUGGUGAUGAGUAGCUUGAACGUGAGCGAAAAUGAAGAAGAUAUUGAUAAGAAAAAGAAAGAAGAAGAAGACGCGCUCGCAAAAACGAGCGUAGUGGGCGCAGAACAGUGGACGCAUUUGGACAUCUUCGAUUGCGUGAAAAACGUCGAGAAGGAUUUCGUCUCAGCACCAGAAGGAGAAAAGACAAAGGAGGCUGGAUACGAAACAAUCACGACGGACGGCAUAGACGUGGCGAUGGAAGACGAUCCAAAAGAUGCGAUUUUGAAGCACGCAGGUUUUGAUGCGGUAGAAAAUAUCAGAAAGCGGUGUAAAAUCGCCAUCGUAGGCUCGGGCAUCUUAACCGCUGCAUUGGCGACGUGUUUCGCCUCCAUUGGCGUUUCAGAAAUUGCUCUGAUAGGAGAUGCUUCGGACCCACGAAACAUUAAUUUACCUAGAGUAGCGCGACACCCACUUUUGAGCGCCUUCGUGGGCGAUCCGAUGUUCACCCUGAGUGAAUGCGAAAACGAUGCGAACGCCAUGGCAUUAAACGAGAGGUUUCCCGGGACGAAAUCGUAUUUCUUGAGUCGCGGCGAAGACGAGGAGGCCAAAGACAAUAAUAAAUUUGACAUCAUCGUUCACGUGGAAGGCGAUGCGCCGUUUGCAAAAAAGAGCGAAAGUGAAAGCCCGACGACGACGUCAAAAGCAAUGAUUCCGAAAAUUGAAGCCGGUUUUGCCAUUCGAUGCGGUGUCGUGGGUGAUAAUCAAGUUGGUAUUGUCGAAGUGAAUCGAGCAAAUUCCAAGUACGCUUGGACGAAGUUUUGGAAAUCAUCCGAUGGGCAAAAGGUGGCAGGAACAAAGAACGUUUAG